AUGAACCUUGAAGAGUAUUUUGCGAGAACUGGCUAUAAAGGUUCCCUUGAAAAACAAGAUUUGGAAACCUUAACCGAUAUAUUCCAGCACCACAUCCGUGCCGUUCCCUUCGAAAACCUCAGCAUCCAUUGCGGGGAGAAAAUUACUUUGGAGUUGGAGCACGUUUAUAACAAAAUCGUGCAGAGGAAGCGGGGUGGCUGGUGCAUGGAAAACAACCAACUGUUGGGCUGGGUCCUGAACCGCCUGGGGUAUGACGCCAGCUUUCUGGGAGCAUAUGUAUUCAACCCACACCAAAACGCGUACGCCACCACCAUGACCCAUCUCCUUGUAAAGGUCGUUAUUGACGGCAAAGCCUAUAUCGUCGAUGGAGGCUUUGGUGUGUCCUACCAGAUGUGGCAACCGAUGGAGCUCGUGUCGGGGAAAGACCAGCCUCAGGCUCCCGGAGUCUUCCGCUUCACGGAAAAAAAUGCCAUCUGGUACCUUGAGAAAAUGAGACGGAAACAAUAUAUCCCCAAUCAAAAUUUCUCUAAUUCUGAUCUUCUGGAGAAAAAAGAGUGUCGGAAAGUUUAUAUGUUCAGUCUGGAGCCACGGACGGUGGAAGAUUUCCGUUUCCAGUGCACAUACCUCCAGACGUCUCCAGAUUCCCUCUUCACAAAGAAGUCCAUCUGCACCCUCCAGACCACCGACGGCUUCCAGGCGCUAAUUGGGUGGACGCUCACUGAGACCACAUACAACUACAAAGAAAAUAUGGAUCUGGUGGAAUUCGUAACUCUUGAAGAUGAAGAGGUGGAAAAAACCCUCAGAGAGAAAUUCAACAUAACCCUAGAUAGAAAACUUGUCCCAAUUAAUGUCAAAGGAGUUUACACGAUCUAG